ACGUGCGCCGCAGCGCCCCCGUUUCUCCCGCCCCCGCGCGCUAUGUCCAGGGGGCAGCCUCAAUCGCGCCGCGCCACCGCCACCCGUACGCCGCAUCCCCCUUCCCCACAAAAAUACCCCACACCGACGCAGAAGAAGCCCGUGACCGACCUCCAGCACAACGCCGCGAACCGCGUCGACACGGCGCACGCGCACGAGUACACGAAGGGCAAGAUGCUCGAGCUCGCGGGCUUCAUGAAGCAUCUGCACGACGGCAUUCCGAUCCGGCGCCACCUCGAGAACGGGCGGGAAGACAAGAUUUGCAUCCGCGGGUCGGGGGAAGCCGGCGACGACGGCGUGGCCUGGGACGGCCUCUGCUGCUCGAAGGCGCGCACGUCCUUCACCUGGGAGGAGCUCAAGGAGGUGCGGACCUAUAGUAGGGCCACGAUCGGCAAGACGGUCCACCCGACGGCGACGCUCGCGAAGUCGCCGAUGCCGUCCGGCGCGAAAGCCGCCGACGUGGACCUGACCUUCUCGCUGAUCUUAGAGGACGGCUGGUCCCUGGACCUGACCUGCAACUCGGCGCCGGGCCACCACCUGGCGGUGCGCGGCUUCGAGCUCGCGAGGAAGCACCACAUGCAGGAGGGCCACAAGGGCCACAACCCGCGCCAGGGGAAGCGCAAGGACGCGUCGGGCAUGGCCAAGGCGACGGCGGCGCUGCACAAUGCCCAUUUACUAUAUGCGGAGACGAAGCACGGCUCGCACGGCUCGGGUUCGAGGAUCGUCGUCGGCGCGACGGUCGAGGUGGCCUACGCGCACUCCAUCGAACCGGCCCACGCGGUCUUCGACCCCCACAAGGUCGACGCGCAGGGGCGCCCCGUGCGCGACUACCCGUUCCGCGUCAAGAUCCCCCGCGGCUACAUGCGCUUCCCGACGCGGGCCUGGCACGAGGGCCAGUACGUCAUCGGCGUCGUCAGCGCCUACGACAAGGCCACGAAUUUGUACACCGUGGACUACAAGUCGGGCCCCUACCACCAGACGGAUGGGCCGCACCUGAAUCCGUCGGUCAAGGGCCUGCCCGACGCCACGGUCAUCGAGAAGGUCCACCGGGAGCACCUCUGCGUGGAAGAGGCCGUGUCGUCGACGGACAACUUCCCGUUCCUCAUGAUCUUGGUGAGCCUCUGCCAGGUCAUCUGCUUCGCGUAUUGGGCGCCGAAGAUGGCCGAGGCCAACAACCAGGAGAUCACGGCCACGACGCCGGUCGCCGGGCCGCAGUACCUCUGGUUCAAGACCGUGCGGAACUGGCCCUAUUGUAAUGAUAGACGCCAGUUCUGGUACAUGACACUAAGUUAUCAGCUCGUGCACUCCGGGCUGGAGCACAUCAUUUUUAAUAUUGUGCUGCAGCUCAUCUUCGGCAUUCCCAUCGAGCUCGUGCAUGGCGCCAUCGUCUUCUUCAUCUACGAGGUGGGCGUGAUCAUGGGCGCGCUCGCGUGCGCGCUGUCGGAUCCGUACAUCGCGGUCGUGGGGUGCUCGGGGGGCGUCUACUGCCUGUUCGGCAUCCACGUGGCCCACAUGAUGCUGAACUGGAACGACAUGAAGCACUCGGCGGUGCCGCGCGAGAUGCGCGUGCUCGUGUUUGGCAUGCUCUUCGGCUCGGAAGUGGUCGCGUGGUGGUGCCUCAACACGGCGGGCAAGUCGUUCGCGGCGCACGCCGGCGGCGCGCUCGCGGGCUUCCUCAUGGGCGUGGGCUUCAUGACGAAUUUUGAGAUCGAGGAGUGGGAGGUGUACAUGCGCUGGUUCUGCCGCUUCUGCUUCGCGUUCUUCGUCGUGUUAGGCGUGAUCUGGUACGUCGUCAAGGACCCGCCGGCGCCGCUGAGCAUGUGGGGCUACGGCGACAAGAACAAGAUCCCGUGCUGUUUCCAGAUGUUCGACUGCGACAUCGAGCGCUCCUACAAGUACUACCACGUCUUCGACUGCCACCGCGUGCUCGAGGACGACAAGAACUCGUACCAGUACCGGCUGAAGUCCAAGGACCCGGCGUCGGUCUACGACAACAUGAAGAACCCCUUCCAGCAGUGCAACGACGUCCGCGCCGAGAUCGUGAGCGCGUGCGCCUCGGGCUUCAUGAAGCAGGUCACGGGCUCCAGCUGCGCGGACGACAGGGACAAUUUCGCGGACGGAAGCAAGUUUACGACCGGCAUGAUCGGCGAGUACAAGCACUACUUCUCCACGAACGAGUGA